GCACCCCAAGGGAUUAGCCUUCCGCUUGGGUUCUCCGCAGCCGCAACCAUGUUCUUCUUCACGCCCCCAAUCCCUCCUAGAGAAGCUUCGCUGCGGGAAAGAAUCGUUCAAAUCGACCUCCUCGGCAGCGUCCUCGUCACCGGCGCGCUCGCCUGCUUCGUCCUCUGCAUGCACUGGUCCGGAAUCUACCAUUGGUCCAGUCCCCGCGCCAUCCUCACCAUGAUCUCCUCCAUCAUUCUCACGAUCGCCUUCGUCUUGAACGAAUGGUUCAUGGGCCCCAAAGCAAUGAUCCAACACCACCUCCUCAAAAACGCCCGUGUCCUCCCCAACCUCAUAUACAUCUUCUUCCUCGCGGGCGUCUACUUCCCCCUCCUCUACACCCUCCCCGUGCAACUCCAGUCCGUGCACAACGAAUCCGCCUCCCAGAGCGGCGUCCGCCUCAUCCCCCUCGUCCUCGGCAUUUCAAUCUUCACCAUGAUCUCCAACGGCCUGCUCACCUGGUGGCGCCACUACGCGCUCUUCCUCGCCGCCGGCGCCAUCCUCGGCACCGCCGGCCUGGCUAAAAUCCACUCGCUGGGCGCCGACGCCACCACCGGCGACUGGAUCCGCUACGAAGUCCUCGCCGCCGUUGGCGUCGGGCUCGCGCUGCAGAUCCCCAUGAUCGCCAACCAGACCGUCGUGGCCGCUGCCGACGUCCCCGCCGUCACGUCGCUGACGCUCUUCGUCGAGAACGUCGGGACCGCGUUGUUUGUGGCCGCGGGCGAGGCGGCGUUCGCGCAGGGCUUGAUGGCGAGUAUUGCGCGGAAUGUGCCGUCGGUGGCGCCGCAGAAGGUGCUCGAUGUCGGCGCGACGCAGAUUCGAAGUGUAUUCUACGGGAGCGAGUUGCAAGGGGUGUUGGGGAGUUAUCUGGAUGGGUGCAAGAUCAGUCAUAUUAUUGGGGUUGCGUGUGGGGCGGCGGCGUGUGUGGUUUCGUUUGGGAGCGUGGGAUCGGCGGGGAUUAGGGGGAUUAGGAUGAGGUUGAAGAAGGUGCAUGCGCCUUGAGCGGAAUGGCAGACCGACCUCUGAGGCGUGAGGUUGAGAGAGUAGCCGGGCGCGAAACCGAGGUUGAUAUUGUAAGUGUUGGGAGAUUAUCGUCAGCGUAUUGAACUCUCCAUAGGAAUCGGGUUUGGGAGUCUCUGGUACACGUUAUAUCCUUUGAGGGGCAAGUCGAAUGAGCGAUCUUUCUCGGCCGUGUUGCUUUGUGAGACACCAGUUUCUACCAGCCUUCUCAGCGUUCCACGCACGUUACAUCUUCUUUCAAUCGGAACUCCAAUGAAGCAUCACACACAUUUGUUUCCAUAAGGUAUGAAUCACCGGUAAAAUGGUACGAAGCGAUCAACACAUCUAGUUC